GUGUACUGGAGCAGCACACAUUAAUCUUCUCUAUGAAGGAUACACAUUCUCACAAGCUUCUUGUCUUUUAUGAACACAUCUGCAUGAUGAGAAAGGAGAUAUUGAUGAUUUGAGUUUUGAAGAUUCAGUUUUGGCCUUGAAGAUAUUCUUACAAAUGAUGCACUGAGGAAACAUUGCUUUUUUGGGUGAACUUUGACACCAUGGCUCGAAUUUGCAACUGCUUUGGGGAAAAGACUUAAGACAUGAAACGUCGGACGUCAUCACAGAACUCUGGAGGCAGUCCAAGUGAUUGUGACAUCAUGGCCUCAGGAUCCCCAGAUGCUACGUCUGCUAGUGAGCCAUCAGAAGCAGGAGAGGAGUGUUCAGGGAAAAAGAAGUCUAAAUUCCAGACAUUCAAGGAUUUUUUUGUAAAGAAAAAAAGAAAGGAAAGUCCCCCACCAUCGGAAGAAAGUGUUUUAAAGGCCAGUCGAUCAAGUUAUGACGUCAACAACGCAGAGCCACCUAUAACCCCCACUAUCAUAAACAAUGAACUGAGGUCCAAGCUCAACAUGUCACAUGCCGUGUCACACGACAGUGUCUUCGUCUCUGAUUCGCCCUCAUCAGAGAAUAACAAGGCUUUGGAGGCAUCACAGGACAGCAUUGAUGGAAAAGUUAAAUCUGUACAGCUGAAGCAGGCGAUCGGUCUGGGCUCGCCAUCAGGACUCCUCUAUGGGAGAAAUGGUGAGGAUGCUGGGAAUCUCUCUGAAGAUGAUGGUUGUCCCUACAGCCCCCCAGAAUACUCCAGUCUGCACACUGUGCUGGCCACCCCUCCUCAGUCAGCAGAAUUGAGCCAGAGGGGCAGUACCUUGAGCAUGGAGGCAUCAGACAGCGAAGAUGAUCAGAUGUCUUAUGAAGCUUCAUCGAGGCCCACCACCCCUCAGGGGUCCGUCCCUGUGGACUUCAAUCUGCCAGUCAGCUCCUACUCCUGCUUGGACAGCUCAGCUGCCCGUCACCGCAUCGCUGUCAAUGCCAAGGCCUGUGCCAAGAGAAAGCCUGUCAGCAGGCAAAUGUUGGACAACAAGAGAAGAGACCUCAGAGAACAAGUGCUGCUCAGAGAUAAACUACGGUUGGUUAAGAGAAUCACAGAGGAGGAAAAUGAUUAUUUGCCCGAGGAGCAGAGUAAUGGGUCAGACCAUGAAAUUCACAACUUGAAGACUUCCUCCUUUGCUUCCGAACACGAGGAUGGUCAAAAACCAUCUCCAACAUCCUCCAUCUCAGCUGGAGACAUCUCUGAAGGAGAGAAGAAUGUUCCUGACAAAGAUCACAUUCCCAAGUCUGAGGACCCAGAGUCCCCUUGGGAGAAUCCAGCAAAACUUGAGCUUCAAGCCGAUGACUUCCUGCUGGAUGCUGGAUGUGAGGUCUCUCUUGAGAAUCAGGGGUCAUUGCUGGAGGAAGUUCUGAGCUCCCUGAAUGGCCCUCUUGCGUCAGGACUAGCGCUAGAGCAUGAGAACUUGGUUCUUCAGAGUGAGGUGGCAGACAUAAAUAGUGGGAGCAUAGUUGCUCAGCUUGAAGAGGAAGCCAACAAGCAUCUUCUUGAUCGCUCAGAGCCUAUGGUGACCGCAAAGGAACCGGUUCCUCUACCCAACACGCCUUCAGAAUCCACUACAGAUUCAGAGAUCACUGAAGAGGCCUUGGAGCUAUUAGAUGCGCUAUUAGAGGUGCCAGAGUUUUCACAAAAAGUGUCUACUGAUGUAGGUCGACAAGUGCCUAAAGCCAACAUUGAGAAAGAAGCAGGCAAAGCCGCAGCAUGCCAAACAGGAAGAAGGAAAGAUGAAGAUGUUGUCGAGGAAACAGCAGAAUUGGAGAGUGCAACCAAAGUUAGUGGAGAUGAAGAUGAGAAAGACAAUGACUUGAUUAUGGUGGAAAUGGAAAGACAAGAUAAGGAUGGAGAAUUUAAAGGCAUUAGAGGUCAGACGGGUCCUUUAGAGUCAGAGAAAGAAAAGACUUUUGGAGACAAAAGAGACUCAAAAACAAUUAAUGUUGAGAACUUUGCUGCAUCUGAACAGACAAUCAGAGCCAAUGCAUUGAACUCAAAAGAGACUCCUGAUGAGCCUGAAGAGCUGCCUGUUGAGGUCCUUUCCUCUUCUGUGUCUCACGUCCUGGAGAGUCCAAUUCUUCCUUCUCGAUUCUCCAAUACGUCAAUGUACCCUCCAGAGAAGGAAGAAGAUUCUGAGCCCAACAAACUGCAAGUUGUGUCUAGUAGGCCUCAAGAAGUAUCUUCAGAAAAGCUGGAGGUUGUUUCCAAUCAGCAAGAACUUCCAGAGUCAGCCUAAUAACAACAGCAAAGCACCCCUGAGGGUCGACCUCGGUUCACCAUUGCUCCUGCAUGGCAACGGUCAUUGGCUACUGGCAUUGCCAAAGAGCAGCCCCAGAUCAUCUUGCACUUGGUACCAGAGACUAAAGCAUCUAUUUCAUCAAGUAUAAAUGAAUCGCCCCAAAAAUCUGAGCUCCAUACACCUGUAAAAGAACAACCACCCUCCAAACCAGCUGAAACUCAGAGUUCACCAGUUCUUCCCAAGCAGAAAGAGAUGUCUCACGUUCAAGAAGAGACAACACCAGAGAACCCUUUUGGAGUGCGGUUGAGAAAGACUGCAGCUCUGCAGCGUUAUGGUAUAGAUGGAGAAUUGCCUUGGACACCCACACAAACAGAGUCUUCGGAGGCGCAGGCGACCCCAGACAUUGACCAGCACAGCAAGAAGCCCAUCUUGCCAAAGAAACCAGAGCUGCUAGUUGAAACUGUGAUGUCAGCUAAGAAAAUUCCAGAAACAGUAGGUAGAAUAUCUAUUGGUGAAACAGAUUCUCCAAGCUGGAUCUCUAUGGCCAGGCAGAAACAUAGAAACUUCAUUGAGAACUCCCCAGAGGCCUCUCCAGAGAAACUUCCUUUACAGGAGGAAGUCAAAAGAAGUUCACUGCCCAGCUUGUCUAAUUCAGUCGCCAAAGAGCAACUUGCACAGCCAUGUUCAAAUAUAAAGGUGUCCUGCUCCCUUGAGAUAUCCAACACAUCCAUGGUGGAGAAGGAGAGUAAGAGAGAUCCUAGCCCGUCCGCUGCACCUUUAGCACAAGAUGAGCCCCCUUGGCUGGCCUUAGCCAAGAAGAAGGCCAAAGCUUGGAGUGAAAUGCCCCAGAUUGUUCAGUAAAAGGCCCAACUGGUAUAUGGGCUUCAUAACCUUUUCCAAUACACUUCAGUGGCUUUCUCAUCUAUAUCUUUGUUACACUUCAGUUAUGGAUGUAAGCAGUUAUAGGAAACUUAUCCAGCCUAAUUUUGCUUAAUCAGACCUUCCCUGGUGUAAUUAAAGGAAUAGUUCACCCCAAAAUUAAAAUUGUGAUAAUUUACUCACUCUCAUGUUGUUCCAAACCCAUAUGACUUUCUGUCUGUUGUGAAACACAAAAGGACAUGCUAGGCGAAAUGAUAACGUCCAUCACUAUUCAUUUUCAUUGCAUCUCUUUCCAUGCAAUGAUGGUCAAUGGUGACUGAAGCUAACAUUCUGCCUAUUUCCUUUUGUGUUCCACAGAAGAAUGUAAUUUUAGUUUGGAACAACAUGACAGUGAAUAAAUGACAAUUUAAAUUUUAUGAGUGAACUGUUCCGACAUCAUGAAGAAAAUGGAAAUGGACUGGGGCUUAUGGAUAAAGCAUUCUUUCUGUAACAUGAUUUGGUUUACAAUGGAAACAUUAUAGGCUACACAUAAAUAGGCUAUGGUGUCAUACAGGUAUGUUUUCAUGAUUCAAUUGGAGUGCUUCAAACUGAGGGAAAAAAAGUUGUUACCAAAAACUGUACUCCUUUUGGUCAAUCUGAAAACUACAAGUGAAAGUUAUUAAACCACGAUCUAAGCUGUAUUUGUAUUCAGGCUCUUUACUAAGUAACUUUGGUAUGUUAUAUUAUAGCCUAUAAACUUAAAAAGACACCUUCAGGCUCCAUUCAUGAUAACUGUGCCGUUAUUAUUUAUUUAUCUCACUCUUGUAUGUUUUAUGUAUUUUUGAUCUAUUUUUAUAUUUAUGUGCAUGUUUUGUGACUUGUACAUAAAAUGUGAAGUACCAAAAAAAUUAUAAUAAAAUGGAGCCAUGUUUAUUUUAUCCAUC